AUGCGAUUUUCUACCCUUUUUCUUGCCGGCCUGGGGGCUAUCAGUGCUUCCGCCCUACCCACCACAGACACAUGCUCGGGAUCUAACCCCAACAAGUAUUUUGGCCUCAUUGCUAUUCAUUCCGGCAACGCAGUCCAUAAUGCUGCACUCAGUGCAUCCUUAAGCAGCAUUUUCGCCAAUCUUCCUAACCAGAACGCCCAAUGCAACCGGCCCAACGAGCGAUUUGCGACCUUCUAUAUCAAGGACGGCGCCCUCUUCCUUUACACCCCCGAAUCUGCCGAGAAGCAGCAGAUGUUUGUUGACCGUUCCGGCAUGGGCAUGGGAAAAAUCGGAUACAUCACAGGAAGUUCCGGGCAUCCCCGGUAUGCCGAGCUCACGGGGUGGUCUAUUAAUAGCGAAAAUCAUCUCCAAUUCGCCGGAAACGAUCUAGUAGCCUGUCCCAACAGCAUUCAGAACUCGUGGAGCAUCUGGGCGGCUGGCUUCCAAAACCCAGGUCAUAACCAGAACUGCAUUGGUAUUGCGGCGCGGGUCGAGUAUAGUACGGAUCCCAAUGCUUGCGUUUACUCAUGA